AUGCUGAUUGAUGAUAGUCCUGCCGCAAUGGAUAAUCAUUUGCGUGCGCACAAGAAAAACGAUGAUCUCAGGCUCAAACUUCUGGCACGUUACGGACCCGAGGAGGUGGGGAGAUUGAUGUGUCGAGAUUGCAACAUGGUGUUUGGGGACGAAAGCAUUCUUCUUAUGCAUAAUGAGCAGAUGCAUAUGAGGAGAAGGAAAUAUGUCUGCAAGUGGUGUGGUCAUGUGACACACACCAUGACGGAACUGAAUAUGCAUAAAGCUGAUGUCCAUGCAAUGCCUCCGUUUACUGUCAAGUCGGACAGGGAACGG